UUGGAGCAAAGUGGAGUGAAGUGGAGUGAUGAGACUAUUGUUAUCUCUUGUGCUUAUUAAAAAUUAUCAUGCUUUCUCAUCACAUAAGUAAACUUUUGCGUCGUUCGUAUUCACGUGCAAUCUCGAAUUGCCGUGAUUUCACCUCGACGAACGUUGAAACAGAUCCAACGAAAAGAGAUCCAGCACCAUUCUUUUUUAAUAAAGAAAUUCAGCAAUGUUUGGAAACAUUGACGACACUGGACUAUAAUAAAGUCUUUCGGACUCGCAAAGAUGGAUAUAAACAAAAACCACCAGAGUUUAAAUUCCUGACAGAUGAAGAACUCGAGGAAGCUAGGAAAGCGGCGCAAUAUAGAGCGAAGAAAUAUUUGCAAAUGCCACCAGUGGUAAAAGAAAGAUUGGAACCGUCUGAGCCGUUAUGUGAAGAUCCUGCGCUACAGGAUCACGAUACUGUUAAAUACGUCUUCACUGAUAUCACAUACGGUCUUAAGGAUAGACAAAGAUCAAUAGUAGUUAGAGAACCGGGUGGUACAUUGAGACACGCCUUUUGGAAAGAACGAGAUAGAAUGAUACAAACCUUUUUACCAAAACCAGAAAGGAAAUUACAAAAACCAAAAAUGUUUGAAGAUGAAUACAUGAAGGAUUUGUUAAAUCGCAACGAGUACGAGUUCAUACUGGAUCGCGCAUGUGUGCAAUUUGAGCCGGACGAUCCGGAUUACAAAGCGAUCACCCGAGAAGUCUACGAACACAUAAAUGCCGAGAGACAUUUCGAUGUCUUGAGAUCCACGCGUCACUUCGGGCCGAUGGUGUUUCACCUAGUGUGGACGAGUAACAUCGACAACCUGUUGUACGAGAUGAUCGAGACCAAUCGGAUCGAGGAUGCUGCGCUGCUGAUACGUCUGUACCAUAUGAUUCAUCCUACAACUAAGUCGGCAGUUGAGCAGUGCGAGCACACGGACGAUGUGGACUUCAUUAUGCAUUAUGUGCGCCUCGAAUCGCUCAAAAAGGAUAAGAUCCAAAAACUCUUACAAUCGUACAAAGAACUGCAACGGGAACGUGAAAUUGUAGCGGAAGGUAUUAAACAGGCCCAUGGUAUUUCUUCCGAAAACGUAAAUAUAAAUAAAUAAAUAUCUUAUAUCCUUUUUUUUUGUUGAUAUAAUUAGUAAUUAGACUUCCAUUUUUUCAAUCCAUCAUCCCAAACGUGGUAAU